CUCUGGGAGGGGGACGCUGGAGUGACUGAGCCAAGGGCUGCGCCGUCGGACGCUGACUGGGACGCGAGCGGGCGACGCCGGGCUUGCAGCGCGGAGGAAAAAGCAGAGCCAGCAGGGAGCUCCAGGACCAGCAGGAUGGGGUCAGCCUGUAUCAAAGUCACCAAAUACUUUCUCUUCCUCUUCAACUUGCUCUUCUUUAUCCUGGGUGCAGUGAUCCUGGGCUUCGGGGUGUGGAUCCUGGCCGACAGGAGCAGUUUCAUCUCUGUCUUGCAAACCUCCUCCACCUCGCUCAGGAUGGUGGCCUAUGUCUUCAUCAGCGUAGGGGCAUUCACCGUGCUCAUGGGCUUCCUGGGCUGCAUUGGCGCCGUCAACGAGGUCCGCUGCCUGCUGGGGCUGUACUUUGCCUUCCUUCUCCUGAUCCUCAUUGCCCAAGUGACUGCUGGGGUCCUCUGCUACUUCAAGAUGGGUGAGCUGAAACAGGAGAUGGGCAACAUCGUGAUAGACCUCAUUCGGAACUACAAUGAGAGCCAUGAGGACAGCCUGCAGGAAGCCUGGGACUACGUGCAGGCUCAGAUGAAUUGCUGUGGCUGGAUAAGCUUCUACAAUUGGACGUACAAUGCUGAGCUCAUGAAUCACACUGAGGUCACCUACCCCUGUUCCUGCAAGGAAGAGGAUGACAAGGGGGAAGAGGAUGACAGCUACAUCAUAAGGAAGGGCUUCUGCGAGACCCCCGGCAAUAGCACCCAGAGUGGCAACAGCCCUGAGAAGUGGCCUGUGUACCAGGAGGGUUGCAUGGAAAAGGUGGAGGCGUGGUUGCAGGAGAACCUGGGCGUUAUCCUCGGCGUGUGUGGGGGCAUCGCUGUCAUUGAGCUCCUGGGGAUAUUCCUGUCCAUCUGCUUAUGCCGGCACGUCCGCUCUGAAGACUACAGCAAAGUCCCCAAGUAUUGAGGCAGCUGCUGUCCUCACGUCCCUUCCCGUUCCCCAACCUCAGGGCUUCCAGGGCUCUCCCUGGCUCCCUCCUCCAGGCCUGCCUCCCUCCUCACUGCCAAGGCCCCUUGUCCAUCCUUUGCUGGCUGGAAGCAGGGCUUUCUAGGGCCUGGCCCCCUCCCCCUACCUUUCUGCUGCCAGCCUGGAGCCCAGGCUGUUCUGUGGCUCUCAGCUCACUGCCCUCCAGGGUUCUCUUAGCAACUCAGAGGAAAUGCUCCCUGCAGCAUCCCCAUGCAGGUAGGCUGGGUCUCCACCUGCCCUCAAGGCUGUGUAUAUUGUAUAGGGGAAAGUGUAUUAAAAUUGGGGGGUGGGGUGGGAUAAGGAACCCUGGGCUGUCACGGGACUGCCCACUGGGUGGGUCAACUCUUUUUCCACUAUGAUGCUUAUAUCUUUGGUUUUUCAUAUUUUUAUUGAAGGUAGUGGGAGAGGGUGGGCUUUACCUGACAUUAAGGGACAGCACCCUCUCCUAGGCCUGGCAUGGCCCAUCCAGGCAGCUCAGAUCAGCCUGGGCCAUGCUGUAGGGGCGGAACCGAAGUGAGCUCAGCUGAAGGGGUCUGCCUGAGUAAGGGGAUCUGGCCUGGCUCUGGGCUGCUUAGGGACAGAGAGCCCUGCAUUCUCCAGGAUCCUGAGCUGUCCAAGGAGGAGGGGAGGAGGACAUCUUCUCCUGGGAGAAGCUAGGCUGGCCUUUCCUGGCAAGCUGUCCUCUGAGCCCCCAGAAGUGGGGUGGGUAAGGCUGUGCCUUGUAGGGGUAGUGGGGAGGGGCUCUGUGUGCACAGUUCUAUAAAACAUACUCAAGAUUCAAAGACUGACUAUUAAAGAGGGUUUGUAACAAUCCAGUCUGAGAUGGUAAAGAUGCUGCUUCCCAGGACGGGGCAGGACCAAAAGGGAGACAUGUGAGCACAGCAGCUGGGCCUGCUGGAAAGAGUGGUGGGUCCCUCGCUGCUGCCCUAGGAGCAUCUCCGGCCCUGCUCAGCCUGCUACAUGAGGAGCAUAAUGGUCCUGGUCCUUGGUCAGCCUGCCUGGCUGCUGGGGUGCCUGGAGUUUGAUUUUUGUGUUAAAACAGGCAUAGAUCUUACCUCUCGAUUCCUGCUUCUGACACCAGGGUACAAGUGCCCCAGAAGGUGCACAAAAGUGGGCUGGCAAGGGUUCAGAUGCCCAUACCAGCCAGCUGCACACACACAAAAGUGGGCUGGCAAUGGUUGGAAGGGGCAGUGAAGCCACAGAAUAAACUUGGCCUAUCUUUCUA